GAGCUCAUUGUCAUUGUCCCCAGCCAAGCAGCACCAGGCUCUGCAGCUCCAAGGUUUUAUUUGGGAUGGACUCAUACAUGAUUCAGAUGAACACCAAGGGCAAUGCCCACUCCGUUCUGGGUGGGAGAAGCUCAUCGCUGGGGAAAGCCAAAGGUAGGAAGGCCAGAUGGUCCGUGCAGCCCUCGGUCAUGGCCAACAAGACUUUCAACCCCAUCCGGGCUAUUGUGGACACCAUGAAGGUCAAGCCGAAUCCCAACAAAACCACAAUUUCUCUGUCCAUUGGGGACCCUACUGUGUUUGGAAACCUGCCCACAGACCCUGAAGUCACUCAAGCCAUGAAGGAUGCCCUGGACUCGAGCAAGUACAACGGCUAUGCACCAUCCAUUGGCUACCUGUCCAGCCGGGAGGAGGUGGCUUCUUAUUACCACUGUCCAGAGGCACCCCUGGAAGCCAAGGAUGUCAUUUUGACAAGUGGCUGCAGCCAGGCGAUUGAACUUUGUUUAGCGGUGCUGGCUAACCCAGGGCAAAACAUCCUCGUUCCAAGGCCUGGCUUCUCUCUCUACAGGACCUUGGCUGAGUCUAUGGGAAUUGAGGUCAAGCUCUACAACUUACUGCCAGACAAAUCUUGGGAGAUCGACCUGAAACAACUGGAGUCUCUGAUUGACGAUGAAACAGCUUGUCUCAUCAUCAAUAACCCAUCAAAUCCAUGCGGCUCUGUGUUCAGUAAAAGCCAUCUCCAGAAAAUUCUGGAGGUGGCCGCGAGGCAGUGUGUGCCCAUCUUAGCUGAUGAGAUCUACGGAGACAUGGUGUUUUCAGGCCCCAAAUUUGAGCCCAUGGCCCGCCUCAGCAGCAAUGUGCCUAUCCUGUCCUGUGGGGGGCUGGCCAAGCGCUGGUUGGUUCCUGGCUGGAGGAUGGGCUGGAUCCUCAUUCAUGACCGCAGAGACAUCUUUGGCAAUGAGAUCCGAGAAGGACUGGUGAAGCUGAGCCAGCGCAUCCUGGGGCCCUGCACCAUCGUCCAGGGGGCACUCAAGAGCAUCCUGCACCGCACCCCUCCUGAAUUCUAUCAGGACACUCUUGGCUUCCUCAAGUCCAACGCUGACCUGUGCUACGGGGCAUUGGCCGCCAUCCCAGGCCUCCAGCCCAUCCGUCCCUCCGGGGCCAUGUACCUUAUGGUCGGAAUAGAAAUGGAACAUUUCCCAGAAUUCCAUAAUGACGUGCAGUUCACUGAGCGCUUACUGGCCGAGCAAUCCGUCCACUGCCUCCCAGCCACGUGCUUCGAGUACCCCAACUUCUUCCGAGUAGUCAUCACAGUGCCCGAGGUGAUGAUGUUGGAGGCCUGCGGGCGUAUCCGGCAGUUCUGCGAACAGCAUUACCAGAGCGCAGAGGGCUGCCACGAGGACUGUGACAAGUAAUGUCACAGAUGGGGUGGGCCUGCCCCCUCUCCAGGAACUAGGCACCCUACCUGGGACAGAGCCCCAAAACACUGUGCCACAAGCUCAGAACGACUCCUGAAUACCCCCCAUACUCCCACCCUUUGUCCCCAGUUCCAUACACAUCCACACUCUGAAACCGGCUUCUCCUCCCGCUGCUGGGCAGCGGCAAAUCCCUCUGUGUAAUACCCCCAGGCCCCAGGGGUAUUGGAGAUGACAGGGAAUUCACAGCUCAAGGCUGGAAUGCUGCACAGCAGGCUGAGCACAAGCUGUGUGUGUUGGAGGCCUGGAUUCAAUUCCCAGCACUGCGAGGGUCCCACCCAGCAUGGCUGUGACUCCUGAGCACAGACCUGGAAGCA